AUGGUUGUUUCUUUACUGUUAGAUGAGUAUGAAACUGGAUUGUUAGAUGGUCAAUCUUCCAAGGUAUCUUCACAUAUACCGAUAAGGGAUGAUGAGAGGUGUCCCAAAUAUGCAGUUGAUACUAAAAGCCUUUCCUUGGAUGAUAUUGAUAGUCUACCACUCUGGACUAAAUUCGAUGACCAAAUGAUUUACGGCUCGCCAAUGUAUCUGGAAUUUGACGAUGAAAGUGAACGUGUACUGGGACUAAGCUCCCAUGUUAAUAAACCGGUCCCUUGUGAUGCUUCCCAAUUCCACUUAGAAACUUUUAGAGAAAAGAAUCCAUUUGAUAAAUUAGCGGAUUUAAGAAUUAAAUACAUUCUGGCAUCUUCUCAAGAUGCAGGUUCUAACCCAAAGAAUCAAUUGGAUAAAUGGUUCCUGUACCCGAAACCACUGCCCAAAUUUUGGAAAUAUUCAAAGGAUAGAAGAUUGCAAGACGAAGACGAUAGUUCAAGUGAAGAAUUUUUCAAGGAUGAUGAAUCCCCCAGGCAACUAAGUUACCACCAUCGCAAUCGCUAUACGGGACAAUUUUUCCAACUGUCAAAAUAUAGGGAAGAGUUUGAUAAUUAUAGGGAAAGAAACUUUCUCAAACCUGAGUCUCCAACGAUAGAUUUGCCAGGGUUUGAAGAAUUUCACAAUGAUCUGCAAUUCGUAAUUGGGGUUGUACAGAAUGACCAACUGACGAGAUUGUCGAUGAGAAGGUUACGUUAUUUAAAGGAUAAAUUUGAACUUUUCCAAGAUUUGAAUGCAAAAGCUGAAAAACUCCAGAAUAAAUUAGUUCCAUAUCGUGAUUUUUACAACUCUCGUAAGGUUGAUUGUGAUUUCAAUUUAAGCGGAUGUAUAAGUCAAAGACAAUUGAGUGAAUUCAUUUGGGAUAAAUUAAAUACAGAACCUAAUCGUGUGGUUUAUAAGACAGCCCAAGGUGAAGAGAUUACAUUAAGACAACUUUUUGAGAUUGGUCGAUCGGAUGACGAUGAGCCUAUUGCCAUCGGAUUAAAACUUGUCGACGAUCAAUUUUUGGAAUGGUAUAGAGAUGUCUAUUUGAUUACAUUACACGUUAUUCCCGAUUUGGAUCCCAUAGAAUAUUUGCAUGGUCAGCCUCUAAGGUUUUAUCUUUUAGCCAAGACGUUCCUCGAAUUUGACAAUUAUCUGGAGGGUGAAUAUUUGGCACAGAUUUUUAUCGAUUAUGUCAUUACAAAUUUGGAAAAAGCCAAAUAUCAAACCGUACAAGUCUCUGUGGAUUUCCAGUUUCAACCUAGGGGUACACCUAGCUUUUGGGAAAGAUUUUCCCAUUGGUUAGUUAAAUGGAAUGUGGUUUCGAAUAACGUUCGUUGGAAUGUGCGAAUUAAAAGGGUUUACUCGAGACUGUAUCAUUGUGACAAAGUAGAAAAUUUCCAAGACUAUUUAGAUCUGAUUUUCGAACCAUUGAUGAGCCCUGAAAACUUGGAAGAUAUCGAAUUGCAAUAUCUACUGUCGAAUUUACUCAAUUUUGACGUAGUCGUUUGUCAUUCUGAUGAUUUCAUAUGGCAUGUCUUCCCCGACGUCUUGACAAAACCAAAGGAUUGGGAAGCCAAGGGUGAUAAUCCAACGGUUACGCAUUACAUGUAUUACAUCUAUGCCUACUUGGCAAUUUUGAACUCAAUGAGGUACGAAAAUUCUUUGAACACUUUUACAAUGAGAAAUUACACUUCAGUUUUGAAUAAUAGAACUUCGCAGGCAGGUACAGUCGUCGAUUUUAACGACCAAAUUGAGUCGAUUGUUUGUAACAUGUUGCUGUGCAAUGGAGGUCUCUUACAAGCUGAACCGCUAUGGAAUUCUCAAAGUACAUUAUCAUACAUUUUUUACCUGCUGCAAAUCCCCAUAGUGGCUACACCUCUGUCCUCUGUUAGUGACCUUUCACCAACACCACAGCAAGAAUUAAAAUUAUUACCACCAGAAUUCAGGCUUAGACAUUUUUCCGGAAUUACGCAAAGUAAGCAAAAGACUUAUACGGGAAAUCCUUUCCUUGAGAUGCUAAAUGUAGGAAUGAAGGUUUCUCUGUCAAGUAAAUCUGUGCUUUUCAACAGUUCCUACACAAUGGAUCCAAUCAUCGAAGAGUAUAGCGUAGCGGCAAGCAUAUACUUAUUAGAGGCCGCUGAUCUCUGCGAGUUAGCUCGGAAUAGUGUGAUUUGCAGUGGUUACGAAGGAUUUUACAAACGCCACUGGUCUGGAUUAAGAAUUGACAAAACCGCCUAUCCAUCCGAAACUGUUGGUCACAUAGAUACCUGGUAUGAUACAGAGCCAAAUACUUCUGAAAGGCACAACGUACCACUUAUCAGACGUUCCUUCAGAAAAGAUACUUUACAUCAAGAGUGGUGCUUUAUAUUGGGGCAGAGGGGUUAG